AUGCGUUUCUCUCAGUUCUUCGCUGCUGCUGCUCUCGCCGCCCCCCUUGUCUUGGCUGCACCGACUUCGAGCACCACUCCCAAUACUGCAACCAUCGAUCUGACCACCGAUCUGACCACUAAUCCUCACUAUGCCACUGCUCUUUGGCAGGUAAAGGAGAAAUAUCCCGGCAUCAGUGAGGAAGAUGCUCGGACUGCAGCUCUGGGCUACUUGGAAGCAAUUGGUGUGCAAACCACCGGCGCUCCCCCAAAUACCACCGAUUCCCUGGCUGAACGUGACAUUGAGAAGCGCUGCUGCAGUGGCUGUGACCAGGGCAACUGCAUCAUUGCCAUUUUCCUCCUCGGCUUCUGCUGCAUCGGCUCUUAG